GAACCUUCACCCUCCCACGAUCCAAAUUCUUCGAAACCAGCCAUCAUGACCUCCUCAGGUAGACCAACGUACCAUCAAGAUUACAUUGCGCGCAUUCGAUAUUCGAACGCGCUACCUCCACCGCCAUGCCCUCCCAAGCUCCUCGAUAUCCCGAAUACCGGCCUCUCUAGCGGUCAAUACACCUCAGCGGGCUUCGCGUCAAGACUUGCGCGAGAGCAGUCAUUAAAUAUAGAAGCGGAUGCGGAGUUAGGAAUGCCCAUUGACCUGGUUGGUCUACCGGGCGUCUUUGACGGAAAUGAAUCAACGAUUCAACCAGCGCCAUACCCACAGUUGCACCCUCAGGAUCGAGCCUUACUGCGCCCACCAAAUGCGCUGGGCAAACCGACUGCAUCGUCUGCUGGAGUCUCCUUCUUGCGCCGAACCGAGUAUAUCACGUCUAUGACGACGAGCAGCUCGCGCUUUGAGUCUAGCAACUCCUCGAAUACAAUGCGUGUGCGAGGAAAGCGAAGAAGGGGGGAGACCUCGGAGGACAAUCCCACACACAUUAUCAAGCACAUUAUCAAAGGCUGGAACCUUGCAUAUCCCUCUGACGCAUACACGGGCCCAGAAACCUCUGCCCAGCUACGAGGCGCAGAAAUUUCACCAGAAGAGAAGCAGGCGUGGAAGAACCCCAAACAUCCUAGCAAGACUGGCCUACAUAUCGUAGACAGCUACCCUCUCGUCCCCGACUGGGAUGCCAUUCCCGACACAGGCUCUUUCAUGUUAUACAAAUUCAUGGCACCGCCUGUCAACGACUCCGCCUAUGACGAUCGUCUGGAUGUCGGACUGCUCCGUCCUGUCGGCCAAACAGUCGAAGACCAAGAGCUCUAUCGCCAAGAAUACGAAGCGCACAAACAAGACCCGACAGCACCGUCCCCGCUUCCACGCUACCAAUUCGAAUUCUUCCUUCCCCCUGACAGAGAGAAAGUCUGGGGCAUCAAACGCAACUUCACAACUAACGAUCCCGACAACGAAUCCACAAUCCCCUUCGACAUCGGCGCCGACGAAGAAGGCCGGCCGCGAAAAUGCUUCAAAUACGACCACAUCCGCACAUACGAGACAGCGCAGCAAUCUGGGGACCCGGAGAACACGUACAACGACAUCGCCAUUGCUUUGCACGAUCCAGAUAGUCAUGAAGAGGAGCCUCUGCGCACAAACAAGUUGCAGAAGGCAGCGUACUUUUAUCCGAUCUUGCAGAAGACGAGCAUUAGACCGAGGCGGCCGGGCAAGAUUGAGAUGAAUGAUGAGCAGCCGAAGGUUGAUAUUAUUGAGACAGUGGCGAGGGAUCCUGUGGGUGAGGUUGAAAAGAGGGAUGCGUAUAGGGAGAGGUAUCAUGCUACCGAGGUUGUUUAGGGGAAUGCGAGGUGUUGAUCUCGUAUCUGGUCCUUUUUGGUCAUUGGGUGCUUUGAGAUUGGAGAGCCAUUAUACUUGCUCAGUGAGGCGCUUGGCUAUUAAUGGAAAAUGUCUUUAUAGAAUAUGAGUCGAGUCUC